UUAAUUAUCGAGUUCAUGAGACACCAAAGGAUGUCUGAGCACACACCAGCACCCUACAGACCUCGUUCUGUCUACGGCUAUGCAUUGUACAUCGGCUCGAACAUGUUAUUCUUCCUGUACCUAGUGUGGGGAGUGGUCCCCGAGAAUUUCCUCCACGAGAAACUGGGCCUAACAUAUUGGCCACUAAAAUACUGGGCAGUGGCUAUUCCCAUCUGGGCACUGACUGCAAUAGCAAUUUUCGCCUUCAUCAUUUACCCCGGCAUCAACAUGCUAAUGACCCCGGAUAUCGAUGACAUUAGAACUAUAAAGGAUCAGUACUCUCUCGUACAGAGUGAGCACAUACCUGGAGGCAUUCCACCAGUCUCUGAUGUACCUAUUACUGAUGUUUGUAGACGAUUGUAUUUGAGGGAGAGAGGAAUUAAUAAAGAGCAUUGAAUUGAUACUAAA